AUGACUGGAAUGGCUGAUUGCAACUCAUGUAAAACUCCUAUGGUGCAAAGACUCAAGUUGCACAAGAAGAGUGAGGAUUCAGUACUUGUUGAUGCUACCUUCUACCAUAGUAUUAUUAGCAGUCUGAGAUACUUGGUGAACAUGAGGCCGGACAUGGCAUACGCCGUCGGCAUUAUGAGUCGGUUCAUGGAGAAGCCGACCUCCCAACACUUGACUGUGGUGAAACAAAUAAUGAGGUAUAUACGCGGCACACUUGAUCUUGGUUGCUAUUAUACAAGAACAAAGAAGGGGGCAUCAAAGCUGGUUGGGUAUAGUGAUAGCUACCUCACCGGCGAUGUCGAUGACCAAAAGAGCACCACUAGAGUCGCCUACUUUAUUGGUGGAAACCUGGUUACAUGGGUUUCUCAAAAACAAAAGGUGAUGGCAUUGUCUUUGUGUGAGGCUAAAUAUGUAGCAGCCAUAACCGCAGCUUGUCAAGGCAUUUGGCUCAACCGUUUGCUAGCUGAUAGGAGAGGACAAGCAGAAGAAGAAGUAGUUCUCAAAGUGGAUAACAAAUCAGCAAUAUCACUUUGCAAGAACCUAGUUCAUCAUGAUCGAAGCAAACAUAUUAACACACAUUAUCAUUUUAUUCGGGAGUGCGUCGAGAAUGGGAAGAUAGUAGUGGACUAUGUCACAACUGAAGAGCAGCUUGCUGAUAUUCUGACGAAGUUGCUCGGUCGAGUGAAAUUCCUGGAGAUGCGUCACAAAAUUGAGUUGUGA